AUGCGUACCUAUGUGGUGCAGACUGUUGAGAUGGCGGACCCCCCUACGGCACCUCAUCAGGUGCCGGGUGCAGAUCCCGACACUGCGGCCUACCCUCCGCAACAGCUUGGAUAUCAACCUGCAGCGUACCCGACUCCUCAACCUGGAUCAGACCCGCAAGCUCCGCAACCCCAACAAGACACUGGCUACCAACCCCAGCCAGCAAUUAUUACCACUGAAACAAACGUUGCAGUAAUCGCGCAGCAACCCGCGGCAAGACCGAUCGUCUACCAUAAACGCUACGGGAACAACGACCACGGCCUACUGUUCGCUAUCAUCGCGACGUGCGGCGUGUUCUGGUUCGGAGGAUGUUGCGGCCUCAUCUGCACGCUCGCUGGCGUUUAUUUUGCCAUUCAAGCGCAAGACCAAGAGAACCUGGGGCACUCGGAGGCGAGUCGCCAGAAUACCAGGCAUUCGUACAUUCUGACGAUCGUGGGGCUUGUGGUCGGUUUUGGAUGCUUCUUCAUUUACAUUAUCUCUGGCGCAGCAAGCUCAGCUGAGUGA